AUGGCGUCUACUAAUCCAAAUUCUCAGUCGAUAAUGGUUACAGCAUCCGAGGCUAUGGCACACACACUCAGAAUGCUCCAACCUUCUGCUCAAGAACGCCGCAUGCUAGAGGCUUCUGAAAAGAAGGGAUGGAAAGAUCAGGACCAGACUUUGCAUGUUUGCUCCCAAUCAAAGUACCUAUGUCAAGUUCAUAUUUUGCACAGCCCCGUCCACAGUCAGCCACGUCAGAUGAACGGGCAGCAAGCAAAGCGAACGCCCAGGCCUGUAUUUGGUCCAAGCUUCGCCUUAAGAUCCCAGCGACUAUCAUAUCUUUCUUCCAAUAGACAAAGGCGAUUAGUUAGCGUAACGGAUCCUCAGGAGGGCGGCAGAAGGAAAGUAAAGCCAAUUGCUACGACACCCCUCUUAGCCAGUGAUCUCCCCCAAGCAGUUCCUGGGUUCACCAUGGUUCCGCAAGUGAGUGAGCGUAGUGAGGUGUUCUUACCAUUCCGAGUGCGAGCGGUGGUCACCGACUUUUCUCAUCCCCUCGAGACCCAACUUUCAAACCUCAGCGAUCAGCUCUGGAAUAUCAAAGAAACUGAGUUGGAGCAGGCGCAAUCCACUGCGUCACAACCUUCCUCAAUCAAUGCCCCCAGCCCGUCCAAGUUAGAGAACGAUACUGCAGGCAUAUAUGAUAUCCAGAAAGUGCAAAAGGCUCUGCGCUUCACCCAUGUGCGGCGGUUCUUUAAAAGUGACGUUGUGCCGGCAGCACUAUGGUGGCUACAGCGCAGAGUUAUGGUUAACCACCUGCGUGGUCCUCUCGUCAUCAAAAUCAACGGCGAUGAGCAAACCAAUGGUGCAAUGGGUCGGUGCGGUCUGUGUUCUAUACCACCUUUUCGCGUAGAAAACCGGAAAGGACAUCAGCCGUUAGGAAUCCUGGAAAACACGGAUAUCCUUUUGCUAUUUCGCACCGCCAAGAACGCGCAUGAGGAGACAAAUCAUGUUUGCCAAGUUGACGAAUCAUUCCGUCCAAUUGCUGCUUGCAUUUCGGUCCCGUAUACCGAAGCGGAGGCUGUUUAUGAUGAAAGAAACAAUGCAUUUCCGCAUAUUGUUGAGCGCUUACUUACAUAUAUAAUUGGUGCAUUUGCCGUUAACGUCCAAACGCUACCAUAUUUCUUGACAUGGGACCCAUCUUGGAGAAAAAAGGCGUUGAGGCGCAUUCGCAGUAAGGCAGACACCAAGUCAGCGCCUCCAAUUCACUCCGUCACACGCAUAUCCACGGUAGAUGAGGACACGCAGCCAAUACGAACCAUCCAUGAGAAGAUAAACGAAAUGAACACGCUGGCUCAUUCUCCAGGAACAGGCGUUAAACAGCUUAUGAAUCAUCACUUCUUCCUGACGACCCCUGGGAUCACAAAUACCGUUCGGCGUGACUACGGUUGUCGGAACGUUGUUGGCUUGGAGCUUGCCUUGGACUACUUCGGCCCUAUCUGUGAGAUAUACACACAGAGUGCUACGAUCAUUCGUGCUGUAUACGCAGCAGUUCACAGGAGCAGGAAGAAGCAUACUGAUGCUCAAGACGACAAGCAGUGCACGCUUCCACCUUGGGUAUCUGGCCGUUUUGCCUCACUUCGGGAUCACGAUAUGGGAGAGAGCAACCCCGAAGCAAGUGUGAUUGGAAAAAGCUCAGGUCAUCCUAUGGUUUUCCAGAAUGACUUUGAUUAUGCUCAACAAGUAGGGCUGAUUUCGUCAUCGGCUGGUGGGCAAGACGCAUGUCAUAGGCUUUUAUGCAUAUCGGAUGAUGAUCGAAUAGAAGCACCAAUGAUGUUGCCGACGGCAAAGCCUACUAAGUGGGUUGCCGUUCAUAUACUUAGCAGAGUCCCAGAUGGGACUGAGAAGACCACUGUGUGCAUGCGAGGAGAAAAAAGACAACAAAAACAAGUUAUUGGCCUGGCAGAACCGUUCGAGUGCCCGGACGUCGAUGUUGUCUGUUAUGGAAGGCCAUGCAGGAAUGGAGGUGUUCCAAAGCAUGGAAUGACGCUACCUGCAGGCGUUGCGAUUGACGCGCGCACCGGUUCAAUAUUUGGGACUCCAGCUGAAACAACUCAAGGAUGCAUACCAUUGGCCAUAGAAGUACAAAUGAAGGAGCCGCCACAUGCAUCAGAAAGAACGCUUAUCCGAAUAAGAGUUGUCGACAAUCUUUUGCAAGGAAAAAGGCAGUUGCCCGUACCGGAUGACGGCGAUCACCUCCUUAAACCAGACCCUAGCACCGCAUCCCCAAGCCCGUUGCACGUGCAAGAAGAUGGAGAGAGCAAGCCCAGCAAGGGUCCCAAAGAGUGGGUUGCCCUAUAUAUGCGACAACCCUUGGACUGUGAGCAUUAUGUGAGAGGGGAUAUGCGGUAA